AUGUCCUACAACAACAAUAAUUUUCCAAUUGAAGACAAGGCUGAAAUAAGUCAUAUCGAAGCCGGAGAUGAACACCUCAAACACGAAACUCACCACCAUACGACCAAUGAGAUCAAACAUGGUGAUAAUGCUCUGAAGUACGUUGGUGAAGAGCGAGUGGAGCUCACGGAGGAAGAUAAUGUCCGAAUCAGGAGAAAGACAGAUAAGAGGAUUUUGUCGAUCCUCAUGUGGGUGUACUUCCUGCAAAUCUUCGAUAAGACCCUUCUCGGUUAUGCGAAUAACUUGGGAAUGUCUACCACCGUGGGUUUACACGGUAACCAAUAUUCUUUGCUAUCCAUGAUCAACGCGAUCGUUCAAUUGGGGUGGCAACCAUUCAGCUCCUAUCUUCUUGUCCGAGUCCCUGCCAGACACUUGAUGACAGGGAUGGUAUUCUGUUGGGGAGUAUCUCAAGCCUGUAUGGCCGCUUCUUCAACCUUCGGUGGUCUUUUGGCUUGUCGAGCAUUACUCGGUCUAUUCGAAGCUGGCUGUCUCCCCUUGUUCUCUCUCCUUACUGUACAAUGGUAUCGACGAUCCGAGCAGCCCAUUAGAGUAGCCGCGUGGUACUCAACCAACGGAAUGGCCACCAUCGUCGCUGCUCUCAUCUCCUUCGGAUUGGGACACGUCAAAUCACCCCACAUCCACAAUUGGCAACUGAUUUUCAUCAUCUCGGGUAUCAUCACCGUUCUCACCGCACCCGUUAUCUGGUACAUGAUCGAUUCAGAUGUGGCCUCGGCAAGGUUCUUUGAUGAGGAUGAAAAAGCCAAAGCGAUCGAGAGACUCAGGGCGAACAAUACCGGAACCGGUAGCAACGAAUUCAAGUGGAAACAAAUUCUUGAGCUCUUCAUCGAUCCAAAAACGUACCUCUGGCUGGCUUUGACCCUCUGCAACAACGUCGGUGCUGCUGUCACUACCUACUUUGGCCCUACCUUGAUAGGCUCCUUCGGCUUCAGCAAGAAUAUCAGUUCUCUUCUCAACAUGCCGUUUGGUUUCCUACAGAUUCUCGCCAUCAUGGUCGGAUGUUACGCCGCUACCAAGUUCAGGUUGAAGUCAGCUAUGUUGGGAGUGUUCAUCGGGAUCGUAAUCGUCGGUCUUGCCUUGCUCUACAGUGAAAACACUCGAGGACACCUCAGAAUCGCGGUAGCGUUGGUCGGUUACUAUCUAUUGGCGUUCCUAUUCGGUUGUAACCCAAUGGUUGUCGCUUGGAUUGCAGGAAACACUGCUGGUCAAACCAAGAAGGCUGCUGUGAUGUCCAUCUUCAACGCCGCUUCAGCUGUAGGUAACAUCGUUGGUCCAGCCAUUUUCACCGACAAGGAUAAACCUCACUAUAUCCCUGGAUUGAAGACUACAUUGGGUAUCUUCUGCGCGAUGUUGGCUUGUGUCGGUCUCCAAGUUGUCCUAUUGUUCUUCUUCAACAAGCAAAGGCAGAACCAGAGAGUAGCCAACGGUAAACCGAGGUACAUCAAGGAUACUUCGAUGGAAGUCAAGUACCAAGCUUAUGGAUCAGAGGAACACAGUGAUGCUCUUGGUCAGAAUGCUUUGCUCGAUUUGACCGAUUUCAAGAACGACGAAUUCGUGUAUGUUUACUAA